UUCAACUUUGCACCUUCCUCCCCAAUCCAUUUUCUUCCUCACUCACUCUGCUACAAAAUAGGAAAGGUACGAAGAACAAUUGAAAAAUGUUGCCAUCCCGGACACCAUUGGUAGUUUCCUAUGCUUUCUUACUUUGUAUCCCUCUUUUCUGCCUCUUUCCCCCUAAAUUCCUCACUCUCAAGCUCGCUCAAAUCGAUCCCCCCUGCUUCAAGAGAUCCGCCAUCAGCCGACCCGGAACCACAAACCCCAAACCCAAAAUCGCCUUCCUCUUCCUCACCAACUCUAACCUCUCCUUUGCUCCACUAUGGGAGCUCUUCUUCCAAGGGAACUCCCAUCUCUACAACAUCUACGUCCACGCCGACCCCACCUCCUCAUUCGUAUCCCCUGGUGGAAUCUUCGCCAACCGAUCCAUCCCUGCCAUACACACUAAACGUGCCUCCCCCACACUCAUUGCAGCUGAGAGGAGGCUUCUUGCUGCCGCCCUCGCUGACGACCCCUUGAACCUCUACUUCGCCCUGCUGUCCCAACACUGCAUCCCCCUCCAUUCCUUCCGCUUUCUUUAUCGUACCCUCUUCACAGAGACCGUCCGCUUCCCCUAUCGAAGCUUUAUCGAGAUCCUAUCCGGUGAGCCCAAUUUGGAGGAGCGAUAUGUGGCUAGAGGGGAAACGGCGAUGCUGCCGGAGGUCCCGUUCGAGCAGUUCAGGGUAGGUUCGCAGUUCUUUGUGUUGACACGGCGACACGCGAUGAUGGUGGUGAAAGAGAAAAGAUUGUGGAGGAAAUUCAACCAACCGUGCUUCAACAGACACACCUGUUACCCGGAGGAGCAUUACUUUCCUACAUUCUUGUCUAUGGAAGAUCCCCUGGGCUGCACCCACUAUACCCUCACUCGGGUUAAUUGGACUGGCAAUCUUGAUGGCCACCCCCAUUUGUACGGUCCGGAUGAGGUGUCGCCGGAGCUUAUAUACGAGUUGAGGAUUUCCAAUUCGACCUACUCUUUCAUGUUCGCUCGGAAGUUUUCGGUGGAUAGCUUGGAACCCUUGAUUCAGAUUGCUAAGCCUGUGAUUUUCAGUGACUGAUUUUGGAUACGAGAGGUCUUUCAUUCUUGGAGCAUGGGAAUGUGGGGGCAUGCAUGGAGUAGCACUAGUUGAGUCGCACCAUGAUGUGUAGAUGGCACACAAUGAAGACAACUUUGUAUGGACGACUCACCUUGAGGAUGAUGACGUGGAUGACUCCUUAA